AUGACAUAUGAGGCUAGUGUGGCGUAUGAGGCUAGUGUGGCGUAUGAGACUAGUAUGACGUAUGAGGCUAGUGUGACGUCUGAGGCUAGUGUGGCGUAUGAGGCUAGUGUGGCGUAUGAGGCUAGUGUGGCGUAUGAGGCUAGUGUGGCGUAUGAGACUAGUAUGACGUAUGAGGCUAGUGUGACGUAUGAGGCUAGUGUGACGUAUGAGGCUAGUGUGACGUAUGAGGCUAGUGUGACGUAUGAGGCUAGUGUGACGUAUGAGGCUAGUGUGACGUAUGAGGCUAGUGUGGCGUAUGAGGCUAGUAUGACAUAUGAGGCUAGUGUGGCGUAUGAGGCUAGUGUGGCGUAUGAGGCUAGUGUGACGUAUGAGGCUAGUGUGACGUAUGAGGCUAGUGUGACGUAUGAGGCUAGUGUGACGUAUGAGGCUAGUGUGACGUAUGAGGCUAGUGUGACGUAUGAGGCUAGUGUGGCGUAUGAGGCGAUUAUGGCGAAUGAACUUAGCCACAGCGAGGCCGAGGCGAAUGAGGCUAACGGGGCGGUGCGGCGCGGCGCAUGCGUGUCGGCAGCGGGGCACGUGCAGCAGCACUACCGCGGCGCCACCGGCGGCGAGUACCCGUGCGCGUGGCGCAGCUGCGCCAGGGUGCGCAAGGGCCAGGCGCCCUUCCCCAACCUGCCGCGGCUGCUGCGCCACGUGCGCGACCUGCACGUCAACAAGGGCAACGGGCGCAUCAUGGCCGUGCACGAGCGCUCCAGAAACUUUGUACCGUCGAGUAAGAAGCCGACGAAGACUUAUUCGACCAAUUUCCGGAGCGGUGUUAUGUCUCCGGGGGCGGCGUCCCUGUCGGGCAUGUCGCCCCUGGCGCGCAACAGCCCCUCGCCGGGCGCGGGCGGCGGCGACGCCUCGGCCGCGGGGGGCGCGCGCGCCGGCCCGGAGCCCCUCUUCGUGGCGGCGCCGCCGAGAGCGCAGCGCCUCACGCACUCGGACGCGUACAUCAGAUACAUCGAAGGGCUGCACUCUGAACAGAAGUACAUCACGCCGUGGGAGAAAUCGCUCACACCUAUGCCUUCCAAUCCAGAUCCAAGUCAUUUCAACAUCCCCAAGUUGUCCCAAUGGAUGUCUGAGGAGGCAGUCAGUGGAUACUUGGCAUUGGACAAGAACCUCACGGAGGCAGAUAUACAGAAGAUGGAUCAGAACACAAAGAUUGUAAAAGCACUGUGUGUGCUGAAGGACUAUAUGAUGAGGGACGCCUUGGCUAUUUACAAAAAUAUG